GUGGCUGAAACCAGACACCUGCUUUCGCCCUACCAGCUAAACUAUACUGUGUCUUAUAUUCUUUCAAGUUAAGUGUUAAUAUACCAAAUUCAAGAUCAAAAAAUAAAAUAUCACAGUUGUUCUUACAGGGGCUAAUUGAUAUAUAUUGUUAUGGCCCAACAUCAUCAUGCUAAUGUAACACCAAAGAACACAAUUUUCGGAUGUUUCUCUGUUGUUGCUGUUCUUUACUUAUUUUUUUAUUACUAUAUUACGCUUAGUGAUGAACAACUAGAAAAUAAAUCAAAUGGCAGGUUUCUUAAAUUGUAUUUGCCUGAUUCGGAUAACUUAAAGAAUUCAAAUGAAAAUUACUUGCAAAAAUUGGUAAUAAUAGACAACUUGUCCAAAAGAGAUUCUAUAGAAGCACAAGUUGGAGAUAUAUCAAGUGAAAGUUCAAAAAUAAAAAUAAUUCUUAUGUGGGAUAAUGUAGAACGUUGGUGGAAUGGUGGACCUGCUAUGCCAGCAGGUAUUAGUACUCCAUUCACAAACGCCCAGUGUCCUGUAACGUCUUGCCUGUUCACAGGAGAUGUGUCAUUGAUAAAUCAAAGCGAUGUGGUAGUAUUUUAUAUUCAAACAAUGAAUAAUUUUCCAAUCAACCGCCAAAAGCAUCAACGUUUUGUCUUUGCUCAGCUUGAGACCCCUAUUUCACACCCAUUGCCAGAUAUAUUUGAUGACCAACGUGUGCGUUAUGGUUAUUUUAAUUGGACAAUGACUUACCGAUGGGAUUCUGACAUAGUUCACCGUGGAGAGUACGGCUACAUUACGAUGAAAUCAUUUAACAAUCAUUACAACGGCAUUGGAAUUAGAGCACGAUCUCUCGACGAUUGGUCUCAUCAGAAGAAUACAUUUUUAAAUUCAAUACCAGAUCUGGUAAAACUUCCAAUAAGUUCUCAAUUAAAAAACGCCAUAAAAAAGAAAACAAAAUUAGUGGCUUGGUUUGUGAGUCAUUGUUCAACACCAAUCCGCCGCGAAGAAUACGUUCGGCAACUAAGUCAAUUUAUAACUAUCGAUAUUUUUGGUGGCUGCAACAAUCGUAAUUGCCCUGGAAUUUCUACGCAAUUCCGUUGCAACGAAAUGCUCCGGACUGACUACAAAUUUUACUUGGCAUUAGAAAACUCCUGGUGUAAAGAUUACGUGACAGAAAAGUUUUAUAGGCCAUUAAUGUACGACACCGUGCCAAUUGUAAUGGGGGGCGCUAAUUACAGCCGAUUUGCGCCAAAACAUUCCUAUAUUAAUGUGCGGGAUUUUGGGUCACCCAAAGAGCUUGCUGAUUACAUAUUACUGUUGGAUAGGAAUGACUAUCUUUAUACUAGAUACUUUGAAUGGAAAAAAUACUAUGAAGUUAUCUCUUAUGAUAAUUACGGUUUGUGUGACUUAUGUCGUAUGGCUCACGAUGAUACUUUACCACCCAAAACCUAUAAUGACAUAAAAAAAUGGUGGGUAGACAAUGGGGGCUGUCAAAAUGAUUCAAAAAAUUUAUUUUUUCUAAAAUAGUGUUUUUUGAAGCUUUUCCCCAGAGCUGUUUAAAGAGUGUGACUUAAACCAUAAAUUUGAGUCAAUCAAUCUACAACCAAUCGUGGGUGUAGUUUUAAAUUCAUGUCGGACAAUAAGAC